ACGCAUGGCUUCAGGUCCGGGCGGAAGUUGACGUCGCUGCGCCGCCACCGCAUGACGCACUUCCUGUUUGUUGUUGGAGAAAAGGAGAGAAAGGAAAGCGCGAGGAGACGCCGCCACCGCCGCCAGCGCAGCUGUGCCAGAGCCGCGAGGAGACCGGCCGCCCUACUCCCCCCCCCCCCCUCGCCGGCCGCCGCGUCCUCGGAUUUGUUCCAACAAUCUGUUAAAACAUGGUGGAUUACUAUGAAGUUCUGGGCGUGCAGAGACAUGCCUCACCUGAGGACAUUAAAAAGGCGUAUCGGAGACAGGCACUUAAAUGGCAUCCGGACAAAAAUCCUGAAAAUAAAGAAGAAGCAGAGCGGAAAUUCAAACAAGUAGCUGAGGCAUAUGAGGUGUUAUCGGAUGCAAAAAAGCGGGACAUCUAUGACAAAUACGGCAAAGAAGGAUUAAAUGGUGGAGGAGGAGGUGGAAGUCAUUUCGACAGUCCGUUUGAGUUUGGCUUCACAUUCCGGAAUCCAGAUGAUGUCUUCAGGGAAUUUUUUGGUGGAAGGGACCCAUUUUCAUUUGACUUCUUUGAAGACACAUUUGAUGACUUUUUUGGGAGCCGAAGGGCUUCCCGAGGAAAUAGAAGCCGAGGUACAGGCUCGUUUUUCUCUGCCUUCAGUGGAUUUCCUUCUUUUGGAGGUGGAUUUCCUGCUUUUGACACAGGAUUCAGCUCGUUCGGGUCACUAGGACACGGGGGUCUCACUUCAUUCUCUUCAGCAUCAUUUGGUGGCAGCGGAAUGGGCAACUUCAAAUCAAUAUCAACUUCUACUAAGAUAGUUAAUGGCAAAAAAAUCACCACAAAGAGAAUUGUGGAGAAUGGUCAAGAAAGAGUGGAAGUUGAAGAAGACGGGCAGUUAAAGUCCUUGACAAUAAAUGGUGUGGCCGACGAGAACGCCUUUGCAGAAGAAUGCCAGCGGAGAGGCCAGCAGAUGCCAGCUCUGGCCCCUGGCCCGGCCCCAGCAACAGUCCGGGCCCUCUCCCCGGCCCGGCCCCCGGCCUCAGCUCCAGCCCCGACUCCGGCCCCUUCUAUCAGCACCCGCACACAGAAGCCACCCAGGCCUGCCCCGACGGCCAAACUUGUGUCUAAAAGCAACUGGGAAGAUGAAGAGCAGGACAGGCAGCGGGUUCCUGGCAACUGGGAUGCCCCCAUGACCUCAGCAGGUGUGCAGAAGGGAGCUGGUGUGGAGCACCCCCAAAGUGGUUUGCCCCCAGACCCAGGACAGCGAAAACAGCAAGCAGGCCUAUGUUGCUGCAUUCUGACCUGAGCAGGCUUGGGGAGCUGGGGGAAGGUGCCAGGCCUGCUGAGCAGGGGCAGAGGAGAUCCCUGCACCCAGCUCACCUCCCACAGCUGCUCUAUGGACAGCCUAGCUCCGUGGUUCAAAGCCAACCCCAUGAUUAAAACGGGGGUCCCAGUAUUCUGAUGUGUAUGGAGUAUGUUGUCUGGGUUUAGUUGACUGCUGAGGAAAUGCCCGGUGUUGCUUCUGUCCCCAGUGGCUCCUUUUUAUAAUUUUGAUACUAGAUCUUGAGAUUUGUCACUUCACCUGAUUUGCCCAAGGCCACUUGCACACUUAUGUUAGCUUCAUUUUGCAGAAAAAAAGAUACAGUCAGGUUCCCAGUAGAGUGCUCGCAGGUGAGCCACUGGUGAAGGUGGAGGCCUGGCUGCUCCCUCAGUGCUCAUGUUGGGAUCGUCCACUGCCACUGCCCAGCUCUACCCUCAGCCAGCUGCUUAUACAUCUUCAGGAGCGUUUCCUGUAGAACAUUCUGGAUGGUCAGCAUGUACACAUAGAGCUUUCCCAGUCAGGCCCAAGCCCCCUAUCAGUGUAGUUUUAUUGCCCAUAAGUGAGACAAGCUUGUGCCUGUGGCUGCACAAACUCAGCAGGCCAGACUGCAGAGAUGUGGCUUGGUUGUCCAUGUCUGAUUGUGUUGCAAAGUGCUCCAAGUAGGAAACAGGGAACGAUCAAUUCUUUUGCUUCCCAGAACUUUGUAUUAAAGUCAAGCCCCCAAAUCCCUUUAGGUUCUCCUCAGAGGAGAAUGCAGAGAGCCCUCUAGGGUAGAGUCCCCAAUGGGUAAGGCAUUGCUGGAACUGGGCAGCAAGCAUAUAGUUACCCUGCUGUGGGGAGAUGCCAGCAAAAACAGAUGGGUGACUGGGACACAAGCUUUGUGCAACUGAGUGACAGAUGGGCAGGGCUGCCUGACUGCAUAGGAAGCUUUCGUGUGCCUCAGUGGCUAUGGACACCUCCCAGUGUCUACUCCCGGUGCUCCCAGGAGAACUGGGAAGGGUGGUGGGAGGUCAAAGCAGCAGACUUGUAGAUUUUACCCCCUCACUUCCCCAAUCCCCUUCAUGUUCAUUUGUGAAGGCAUCUUAAGGCUGACCCGAGAGUCAAAUCUCCUGGUUUCUAGAAGGUGCAUAGGGACAGGCCUGCCUGCAGAACUUGUUUACAGGUGCGCAGGCCUCCCACCAUGGGAUCUGGACAGGAAGUGUGACUGCAGCAGAUGGCCAUUCUCUUGGUCCUGGGCCACGCCUGUUAAGCAAAAAGUGAUCAGCCAAGGCCGAAGAAUCUGGAGACAGUAGAGUUGAGUAGUAAAAACAGCAAAUCACUCUCCCCUUGUUGCUUGGUCAGUACUGAUCCAGACCUCUUCUGUGUGUGUGUGUGAACUGAGAGUCUGGAAAAGCUGUGAAUGAGGUGAUGGUCUUGUACAUCCCCGAGUCUGGAGUCAGAAGCAUCUGCCAGCAUAUUUCUGGGUGUAGCUGGUGCUUCCUCUUCUCUGUCCCUUUGCUCCCCAUGUUUUUAAGGAACCAUGCUUUCAUAUAGAAAAGUGUGAGCAGUCCUUCACGUACCUUCUGUAGGAAAGUGUGAGCAGUCCUUCACUUAUCUCUUCUAUGGAAAAGUGUGACCAGCCCUUCUCUUGCCUUCUGUAGAAAAGCAUGUGACCAGCCCUUCUCUUGCCUUCUAUAGGAAAGCGUGAGCAGCCCCUUCACUUACCUUCUCACUCAGAAAAGAUGAUUCAUUUUGAAGUGGGGUUCUCCAAAUUGCCACCUGAGCUACACGAGAACUUGGGUUAUCAACAAAGUGAAAACAAACCCGUCGUGAAGGACAUUAGAAACUUAGCUACGGUUCAAAAGCGGUUUCUGGUUUCCACAGCGACAAAGCCAUGACCUUUGGGCAGCAUAGCUUGCUCUGUACUGCAAGCCGCUGUCCUCCAGGCAACACAGAAAGCUUUGCAAAGUCUGGUGCUCUGCUGUUGGGAUCAGGAGGAUUAAGACCAGACCUUUCCUCUUAACAUUCUGAGAGCCAUGUUGAAGAACUAAGAUGAUCUGGGCCAGGCUUCCUGCCUGUGUAGCCUUCAGUGGUUUUGCUGUUACUGUUGUUUUUGCCUGGUCUUGGGCAAGUUUGAAACUUUGUGCAGAAUUUCCCAGUGGCAGCUCCCAUUGGCUGUCGGCCAGAGAGUUGUCAGGUACAGUCUAGAUGAGCCAGGCCGGUUGGCAUCAGGAUGGGGAGUUUCCUCAAUGAAAGCGAUUUUCACUGAGGUGUCUUCAUAAAGAAGGACUUUGCAAUUCAGGCCAACCUGGCAUGUCAGUCCCCCAGGAGUUUCAUGGCUUUAAAUUGUGUGUGUGUGUGUGUGUGUGAGAGAGAGAGAGAGAGAGAGAGAGAGAGAAACUGGAUUGUCCAUGUGCUAGGUAAGCUCUGUAUCCCUGAGCCUUGGAUUUAGUAUGUAUUAUGUUGACUUUUUUCUUCUUUGUGGGCUAUUCUGUGACCUUUAAAACUUGUUCUGCUGCACUUGUUGGAGAAAGGAUUAGUGGCAUUUUUCAUUUGUGUAUUCCAUACACAGCAUUGGUCUGUGAACUGUGAAGAACACAUGUCCAUUAAAAAUGGCAAUUAUUCAACAUGAGGAAAAUCAUGUUUGAAGGAGUAGACCUAUCCUUCCUUCUUGCUGAACUUGACCCUGCCCUGUGUAGUGGUGUGGAACGCAGACCUCUUCACAGGGCACGACUUGUAAUUCAGAGAGCUGGACCUUGCAUCUAACUCUGCUGCUGGCCUGCAUCUUUGCGCCACCACCUGCCAAACUAAUGCAUGUGCUAGGAUUUUGGUGGAUCUCACUGUGGGAAUUUUGAGGUGUCAUUGGGCCUGUUCUAGAAGUUGGGGAUCUGAGAUUUCUUGUGGCUCUUCCUCAGCAUGAGGCCCACAUCCUACCUGCUUCACUGUGGCCAGGGACUACUAAGAGCUUCUGCAGGACUGAAGGCAAGGCCGUUCAUUUCUGGCUCAUUGGAAAUGUCCAGAGACUGAGCCUCCAUCCAUCUCCUGUGGCCUUGGUUGGUAAGGUUGUGCUUUAAUGACAGGAAAAACGACAAUGGUGUUCCAGGGAGAGUGGGCUGUCCAUUGCAGAGGGAGCUGUGGAAGGUCUCUGUGGACCUGGCAGAGUAGGUGACAGGGCUGUGCGUUCUGCGGGUAGGGCCUUGGCAGGGCCUCUGAGGACUGAGAUGGAGCCUGUUGCACAGAGCUGGCUCUGUGACUGGGCUGCUGGGUAAAUGCAGGAUGCUUGCUGUGAGUAGCACACUGUGUGGUGGUCAUGUUCUGUGAGUAACACGGACGGUCUUCAGCCUGCUAUUCCAAACAGUUAGUGUUUUCAUGUGGGCAGCAUGAAUGACUGUUCUGUUGUCUCUGUCCGUGGGGAAGUGUCUAGUGAGUGACGCGCCUCAUGGGGAAGCAGUUGGUGUGCAGUGUUUCACAAGCCAUGUUUCCUUAGGGCUCAAGGAAGGUGGCAAGAGGAAGAAGCAGAAGCAGAAAGAGGACUCGAAGAAGAAGAAGUCGACCAAAGGGAACCACUAGGCUGAACUUGGCGGCAGCCGCUGCAGCCGCUCUCAUGUGUGGUGCGCACGUGCACAGCAGCGGCAUCCUUUCGGUGCCGCUUCGCUUAGCAGGAUUAUGGACAUGUGCCCACGGAUCGGUAGGAUCAGGGGUGUUGGAGAUGGAGGUGACAAUCUCGGGUGGCCCGCAUAGUGUAAGCUUGUGACACAUCCUCAGCCUUGUAACUCUGCUUUUCCCCAGCACUAAAUCCGUAGCAUUUUCCUCUUGAGUUGUAAGGAUCUGCCUCAUUCUUUUCAGUAGUCCGAGCCCUGCUCCGCGCACCGAGGUGUUUGUAGCUGUAGGAGUCCAGUAGGGCCCAGUAGGGAGCUGGGUAUGUGUUCAUGACUGUCUCCUGGCGGUGGUACAGUGGGCAGUUUUUAGUACAGCGGAACUUAACAGGUAAUGUAAGCUGCGCCUUGAGCCAUGGGUUUUAGGGUGCUUGAUUCAGUACUCUGGCGACAUAGGCCAUCACUAGCCACUUGAGAUACAGUCUUUCCUUGUACUUAUUGUUCAACUCUUAAUCUUCUCCAGGUAGUCAAAAACUGACACCAAAUGUAGUUUAGUUUUUGGGAAAUCUCAUCUUUUCUUCUUGGAGAAAUAGUUGCCCUUCAGUCAACAGGUGUUGCCUAGCAAUACGAUUUCUAGCUUUCGUAGGUCAGUGCCGCUGGCUCUUUACACAGCCACACAGGUGCAUGCAGAAAGAUCAGCCACCAAGCAAGAAGCUUGACCUCAGUUCUUGAGACUGCAAACACUGCUCCUCACAUCGUCCUGUCACAAUCCAUGCCAUGCUGCCUCCUGACCUGCGUGUGCACUGUGAGCACAGGUAGUUCCGAUGCCGCCUCUUUCUGGACUACCUGUGCCUCUCGGGGAUGUUUCCUUCCUUUCGGCCAUGAGGAUCUGUUGCUUGGACUUUGUCUUCUUGGAAGAGAGGGCGUCAUUAAAAGUUGGACUUGAGAUGCCAGCACUUGGGUCUAGCAGUGUGGAAAGGGGGAGUUUUGUGAGUUAUAGGCACUGCCGUAGCUAGGAGCCUGGGGCAGAGUCACCUGAGGUUUGAGGAGAUGGCCGCGAAGUGUUUGCUGUGUUUGCUUGGUUUCAGUGGGAGGUGGUGUGGGCAGUUACCAUGGAGUGUGAAUUGCUGUUAAUGUGUGUUGUGGAAAUGUGACUCACAAGGCAUAAUGUACCAACGUAAAUAAAAUGUAAACAUCACU